AUCGAGUAUUCAAUAUAUUGACACCUCUAUAUCAAAGGGUUAAAAUUUUUCUGUGAAAAAUUAAUUUUUUAAUACAAUUGGAAAUAAUUGCUAGAAGAGAACUGAAAAUUUAAUCUUUAUGUAUUGUAUCAGCCCAAAAAAGAAGCUGCUGAAAUUGGACUUAUUUUCUCGAAUUGUAUAAUUCUUAAGUUAAACUUAAUGCAGUCAAGAUUAGAUGAAAAACUGUAAAACAUUUUCUUCGGAAGAUUUAUGGUCGGGGCAGGAGGUAAAUAACCACGAUGACGAGAACAGGAUCCUGAAGUUUCAUAAUAUAAGAGUUUACUGUGCAAAUAGUUUGUUUUACUGACAUAAAACGAUAGUAAAACAUUUUUUUUAUAUACAUACAAAAAUCCAUCAUCACUACCACGAGAUACUCAACAAUAAUCAAUAUGAAGAAAGAUUGAAUGAAAUGCCAUUUAUAAAAGAAAAAAGAAACAAAACAACUUAAAAGUACAUAUGCAGAUCAAAAUUCAAUUUAAUCUGAUAUUUAAAACGUAACUUUUUAAUUACGGAAUCAGAAUAUCUAAAUAAGCAAUAUUUUGUCUUGUGGAAAAGCACUUGUGAUGUGACAAAAACUGGUAAUAAUUUUUAGCUGAAAAUCAACCGCUACUGUGCCAUCCUUAGUGUCGUACCGGAAAAGCUUAUUUACCUAUGUACGAGGAAAUAUCCAAGCCAAUUUGUUCAGAUAUUGUUACCAAUAAAGAAAAGUGUGGAGACUCAUUUAACAUACAGUCAAAGAAAGAUAUUACAGCUCCAUCAAAGUAAUAGAAAACAAUCAACGAAUCAGUUAAAAGUGAAGCGAGUCACUACAAAUUUGUUUAUCGUUAAGAAUUAUUUAAGAAUCCGUAAAUUGGCGACAUUGGCAGCUACUUUUCAAGGUCCAUGUCACAACCAGUACUAUCAUUGCCUUCUACAAAAGAAAAAACGCCAUCAUCAUUACUAGAAACUAGAAAUAUUAAUUCGCCGAAUCAUCAUAGUAAAUCAAUCACAUCAGCUCAAUCUUCAUUAAUUAAGAUGAAAACGUUAUCAUUAACAAACCCACCACAACCUAGCAAACAAUCAUGCCCAAUUGAAAGUGCUGCUUCUCCAAAUGCUUCUGCUAUUUCGACCAAUACAUUGACAAUAAAAAAUGCCGGAGUCAUAGCUAAUAAUUCUAGUAAAGAAUACUCUGCUGAUGCUGCCAGUAAUGGAAAUGUUGUAUUUGUACCAAUUUCUAACAAUUCAAUGGAACCGUUUUCAUUUCACGAACAAAUUUUAAUGUCUGGACAGGAGAAAAGCGCUUUGACAGAAAAACCAAAACCACUGGUUGUAUCGCCGCAGCAAGUGAUGAUUCUAUAUAUGCAUAAAUUAACACCAUAUGAAAGAACUGAAAUUCUUUCUUAUCCACAGAUCUAUUUCAUUGGAGCAAAUGCAAAAAAACGUCCUGGUGUCUUCGGUCCCAAUAACUCUGACUAUGAUAACGAGCAAGGUGCUUACAUUCACGUCCCACAUGACCAUGUAGCAUACCGUUAUGAAAUGCUAAAGAUUAUUGGCAAGGGAAGUUUUGGUCAAGUAAUUAAGGCAUAUGAUCACAAAACUCAUGAACAUGUAGCCCUUAAAAUAGUUCGCAACGAAAGGCGAUUCCAUCGCCAGGCCCAAGAGGAAAUUCGAAUUCUUCAUCACUUGAGGCGGCAGGAUAAGUACAACACCAUGAAUAUAAUUCAUAUGUACGAUUAUUUUACAUUUCGUAAUCAUAUGUGCAUUACAUUUGAAUUGCUUAAUAUCAAUUUGUACGAACUAAUAAAGAAAAAUGGCUUUAAAGGAUUUAGCCUGCAAUUGGUUCGAAAAUUUGCACAUUCACUUUUACAAUGCUUAGAUGCACUGUACAAGAAUGAAAUAAUCCAUUGUGAUAUGAAACCGGAAAAUGUCUUACUAAAACAACAGGGACGCUCUGGCAUUAAAGUUAUUGACUUCGGAUCAUCAUGUUAUGAGAGUCAACGGGUGUACACCUAUAUUCAGUCGAGAUUUUACAGGGCUCCCGAGGUCAUAUUGGGUGCGAAAUAUGGACGUGCUAUUGACAUGUGGUCACUUGGAUGUAUAUUAGCUGAGCUGCUAUCUGGACACGCCUUAUUCCCAGGAGAAAAUGAAGCCGAUCAAUUGGCGUGCAUUAUCGAAGUAUUAGGUAUGCCACCGAAAAACUUGUUAACAAACUCAAAACGCGCCAAAGUUUUCUUUAACCCUGAUGGUUAUCCAAGAUAUUGCACAGUUCGAACUAUGGCUGACGGUAUGGUCGUUUUAAUAGGUGGCCAGUCUAGACGCGGUAAGGCACGUGGACCACCAUGUUCAAAAAGUUUUUCUAAGGCCUUAGAUGGAUGCAAAGAUGCACUUUUUUUGAACUUUAUUCGAGGAUGCUUGGAAUGGGAUCCUGAGAAAAGACUUACGCCCGCAGAAGCUCUCAAGCAUCCUUGGUUACGAAGACGACUACCUAGACCUCCAAAUAACCAAAAUGGAAGUGGUAUGAGUGUUAGCAGCUGUGUGGGGAAUAUUAGUGAUAACAACAAAUCUCCUACAACAAAUAUAAGUAAUGAAAGCGGAAACAGCCGAGGAGCUGACGAAAGUACUUCUACAACUAAUGAUCUCAGCACCGAUAACAAUAUUGACGACUGCUUCACUAAAACUGGAUCUGCAGCAGCAACUUUAGCCUCAUCAAUUAUUUCGAAUGUCACGUCAGAUCAAUUAUGGGACUCUCAACAUGCAAAUAUAGCUCAAAACAGAAACAGCAGUAAAAUGAAUAGUAAAUUAUCAUCAUCUUCAGAAAUAGGAACGAGCGAACAUGUAAAAGAUACAACAGCUACAUCUGCUCCAGCAAAAGCUUCCAACAUUCUCUAUACAUCUUCGAUUUCUCUUAUAUCGAAUGCUGCCCAUAGAUGCGGAAGUGAGUAUGCAUCGAAACUCUCAUCUACUCUGCAGAAAGAUAAAUAGUUUUAAACAUUAAUUUAUAUUUUAUAUAUGUAUGUCUCAGUGCGUGUAUUGUUAAUGUCUGAAUAAUAUGGUUACUUAUUCAAAUUGCAAAAUAAUUCAUUUUCUCUGACAAAAAAUAUACAAUGUUUUUGCAAAAUCA